UUUGGGUUUGAUUUGUGUGUUCUGCAGCAGAAGGGGUUUUCUGUGGUGCUCUCAGACAUGUGUCCCUUGGUUUCUGGGAUCUCAACUAGAGAUGCAGCUUCAUAUGCAGAGUUAGGAAUGCAAGCGCUUGGUCUGGCAGUUGGUCGAGCAGCACAAGCCCAUCUUGAUGAUGAUUUUAGAAUACACAGGCCGUUAAGUGAUUCUAUGAAAGUUGCAGAUGAUAAUCGAAUAUUGCAACCAGGUGGGCACCUAGUAAUUAAGCUUCUAGAGACUGAGGAUGACCAAGGUGGCAAUAUGGUUAUGGAGUAGAUAGAUACCAGUAGAUGUGGUAACAGCAUAUUUCUGACUUCCAUUGCACUGUCCGCCAUACAGAAUUUAGCCGGAUUUGCAAGACUACUCUUCAGAAAGGCAUCGUGGUUGAGGCCCAAGGCCACGAGGUGUUCAUCAAGAGUUUGCUGGAGAAAGGAAAAGUUCUGCCAGUCUAUUCCUGUAUCAUCUGAUGCAUCUCUGAGCUUUGCAUUGGAGAUCAUUCCCAGCCUGCUUUUCUUAUUCAUUCUUUUCUCAUACAGAACUUGUAAAUUUUGGCUCAUGUUCUCAUAAAGAUUAUUUUGCAGGAAUAA